GAACAUGUCUACAAGCUGAAAUUUAGAAUUCUGUGAAAGCGAUAUCCUCAAAACAAACGAAUGGCGAAACUUCUGACGUUUGACGUCACCAACACGAUUUUGCGUGUCGCUGGGAGUGUUGGCCAACAGUACGCUCACGUCGCCAAAAAGUUCAACGUCAGUUUGGACGUCAGGUCCCUUAACGAGGCCUUUAAAGGUGUGUGGCUGACUCAUUCUAGGUUGUACCCGAACUUUGGACAAGCAGCAGGUCAGAGUUGCCAACAGUGGUGGGCAGGCGUCGUGGAAGAAACUUUUCGAUUCGCUGGCCAUUCUGUAUCGGAACAACAACUACGUCCAAUCAACGAAGAGCUGUAUCGAUAUUUCAUGUCCGCUGAACCCUGGGAAAUUUUACCUGGAUCCAAUGAGGUUUUACGGAAAUUAAAACUUUUGAAAGAGUCCAGACCACUGUGUGUCGGAGUGAUUUCUAACACUGACUCAAGACUUAAAACUGUUUUAAAAAACUUAGAAUUAAUUGACAAUUUCGAUUUUGUGCUGUUGUCGUUUGAGUGCGGAUCGGCUAAACCGGACAGUGCCAUUUUUCACAAAGCUUUGGAACUUGCUGACGUCAAACCUGCUGACGCGAUUCAUGUCGGAGAUCACGUUACCAAUGAUUAUCACGGCGCACGCGCAAUCGGAAUGAAAGCCCUUCUUCUGAGUAAAACCGGGGAGAUUCCAGCAGAAGUGGACCACGAUCAUGUCAUCAAAUCUUUGGAUGAAAUUUUUCAUUUUUUGCAUUAGACUGUAACAAACGAUAACAACUCACCAGUUUCUUUCUCUUUCUGACGUGCAUGCCUUAUGUUUUAACCAUUUCGUGUGCAAUCUUGUUAUUAUAUGAUUCUAUAUUCUUGAGCACUGUAUAAAACACCAAAUUAAAUAAAGGAAUAAACAAAUAAAUACAGUAUAUGAUUCUACAG